GGCGGCUGCAGUGCGGCGGCGCCGGAAGUGGCGCGGGCCGGGACGACUCAUGGCGGCUGUGGCGGCUUGGGUGCGGCGCGGUGGGGACUGAGCUGCUUGCUAGCCUGGCGGCGGGCGUGCGCCGAGCCCGGGCCGGCCACCGCGAGCCCUCCCCGGGCUCCGCACGCCUAAUGCUGCGUGGGUGCUGAGCCCGCCCCGGCCAGGACGAUGGUGAAGUAUUUCCUGGGCCAGAGCGUGCUCCGCAGUUCCUGGGACCAAGUGUUCGCUGCCUUCUGGCAGCGGUACCCGAAUCCCUAUAGCAAACAUGUCUUGACGGAAGAUAUAGUACACCGGGAGGUGACCCCUGACCAGAAGCUCCUGUCCCGGCGCCUCCUGACCAAGACCAACAGGAUGCCCCGCUGGGCCGAGCGACUGUUUCCUGCCAAUGUUGCUCACUCGGUGUACAUCCUGGAGGACUCUAUUGUGGACCCACAGAAUCAGACCAUGACCACCUUCACCUGGAACAUCAACCACGCCCGGCUGAUGAUGGUGGAGGAACGAUGUGUUUACUGUGUGAACUCUGACAACAGCGGCUGGACCGAAAUCCGCCGGGAAGCCUGGGUCUCCUCUAGCUUGUUUGGCGUCUCCAGAGCUGUCCAGGAAUUUGGUCUCGCCCGGUUCAAAAGCAACGUGACCAAGACUAUGAAAGGUUUUGAGUACAUCUUGGCCAAGCUGCAGGGUGAGGCCCCUUCCAGAACGCUUGUUGAGACAGCCAAGGAAGCCAAGGAGAAGGCAAAGGAGACAGCGCUGGCAGCUACAGAGAAGGCCAAGGACCUAGCCAACAAGGCAGCCACCAAACAGCAGCAGCAGCAGCAGCAAUUUGUGUAGCCAGCCUGCCACCACCGCAGCACACCAGACAACUCGGCUCAACUCCCUCUGCCCUGUCCCCAUUGUACUCUGUUAUUAAAAAUCAACUUCCAGCCCUG